AUGGCUGUAAGUGCUUUCUAUUUGGCUUGUGGAAAUGGGGAAAUUGAUGAAGUUCGUGAAUAUUUAAAAACUCAAACAGUUUUUGAAGUCAACAAAAUUGAGCCGAAUGGUUCAACUGCGCUACACGCGGCUGCCCAUAACAAUCAGCGAGACGUGGUUCAGCUACUGUUAGAAACAGGUGGCGCAAGUCGUUCUAUACAAAACAAUCAUCAAUUAACGGCUUACGAAGAUGCACAGUCAGAUGAAGUGAAGAAACUGUUUGCUCGUUCACCAGCUGGUCAUAGUGCAAGAUUUGUCAAUGAACCCCAUAUGUGGGAGAAAAUCAAUAAUCGAGCGCUGAAUGUCUAUUUCUCACAGCCAACAGCUCAUUCUCAUGCUCCAGAUCGUUAUGAAACUAGCAAAGCUAAAAAUGAAAUAAAACAUCGGACUGCUCCUACAGAUAAUCAAUUUUAG